AUGCGUCUCAUUUCUUUCAUUUCUGCCCUCGUGUCUGCUUCCGUUUGUGUUCUCGCACAGGAUGCAACCUCGACCACCACCGCCACCCAGUCCACGAGCACCUGUCUGGCUCAAAACAUCCUCGAUACCUGUCGAGAAUCUAUCCAAACCCGAGUCGACGCCUGCGGCGCCAACGAGUGGCGCUGUCUCUGCGACGAGACCACCAACCUGCUAACAUGCUACGACAACUGCCCAGAUGACGGCGGCCGCAACGGUGUCUCGCAGCAACAAGUCUCCUACUGCAAUGCUGCAGACCAGCUCGAGCCCACUACCACGACUUCAACCACCACCGCAACCACGACAUCGUCCAGGACCUCGUCGGCGACUGAGACUGAGACGGAGGUUACGGGCACCAAUACUAGUGAUGGGGCUGCGGCGUCGGAGACGGCGGAUGAUGCGGCAGGUAGAGUGCAGCUUGGGCUGUUGGGCGUGGGGGCUGGAGUAGGGCUGGCUGUGUUGAGAGUCCUGUAG